UCCGCCCAGGCACGCAAGGACGGGGGAGAUAAUCGAAACUGCAGCUAGUACAGUUGUUGUGGUGAUGUAAUGUUACCCUUUUGGUGACUACUACGGAUGGCUGUGUGUGCCAGGCUCUGCGGAGUGGGUCAGUCGCGGAGGUGCAGGCGGCGACAGCGGCAUAAUCAACAGGACCAGGGAAGCGACUCCGACAUGGACGAUGAGGAAGGGGUGCGGAUUGUGGGCAAGACACAAGCCGUCACUGGCGGCCCCGAAAACCCCUCGGCCGCGGCAGGGCCGAGUGUGGCCCAUGAAGCCACUGCUGAAUGUGGUCGUGCAAAUGUCAGACUUUCGUAUGGGCAAAGUGCAAGCACCGGACCACCGAACCCGCAGUCCCUGUUGGAUCUGCCCCCAGAGCUUUUGGUGGGAAUAUUCUCCUCGCUGCCGGGCACAGAGCUUCCAAACCUUGCGCUCGUCUGCAAGACAUUCAGGCAAAUCCUCAACACGGAAACCAUCUGGAGAAGGCGAUGCACGGAGGAGUUUGGCAUGAGGGAAGACCUGCGCAAGAUAGAAGUGGCGGGUGUGUCCAGUCGGGAGCUCUAUGCCAAAUUGCUGCACCCAUACAGACACAUCCUGGGUCUUUGGCAGCCUGACAUAGGGCCGUACGGAGGGCUGCUCAACGUGGUGGUUGAUGGGCUAUUCAUCCUUGGCUGGAUGUAUCUGCCCCCCCACGACCCUCGGGUCGAGGAUCCCAUGAGGCGGCGGCCACUCUUCCGCAUCCACAUGUUGGAGAGCAACAAGGCAGCAGUGGAGUGUAUGUAUGGACACAAGGGCCCUCACAAGGGGGACGUCCAAACUGGGAAGAAGGACGAGUUCUCGACCAAAUGCAACCAGACAGACCAUCACCGCAUGCCAGGGGGGAGGCAGGAGGAGUUCCGGACGUGGCUUGAGGAGGAGUGGGGGAGGACACUGGAGGACAUCUUCCAUGAGCACAUGCAGGAGCUCAUACUCAUGAAGUUCAUCUACACAAGCCAAUACGAUAACUGCCUGACGUACCGGCGGAUCUACCUCCCUCCACGACUGCCCUCUGAUCUGUUGCAGCCGGGCCUGUUCAAAGGCACCUACGGCAGCCACGGCCUGGAGAUCAUCAUGCUCAGCUUCCAUGGGCCUCGCGCCAGGGCCACCAAGCUCACCGGGGACCCCAACGUUCCAGCAGGCCAGCUAACGCUCGAUGUGGACCUGAAUCGGCCUGUGCACCUUCCGGACCUGGAGCACCAGCGCAGCGUGGAGGAGCUGUCUCGCCUGGUGCUGGGGGUGCAUGAGGAGGCGCAGCAGGAGGCGCAGAGCCCAGAUGUGGCCCCCCAGGGGGUUGCUGCUGGAGAGGGGGCUGUGGCCCCCCAGGGGGCUGCUGCUGCAAAGGGGGCUGUGGAUGGUGGCGGGGCAGAGGGUCUGGAGUUGGCUAUGGAAGCCCAAUCAGAGAGCCCCCAGCCUGGGCCCAGUAGCAGCAGCAGCAGUGCUACCUCGGAGGCCCAGCCCUUUGUCCUGCCUCUGGGGGUCAUGGCCCGCAACGAGGUGUACCCCCGUACCUGCAAGAUGUGUUUCUACGGGACAGGCCUGAUUGCCGGCCACGGCUUCACGAGCCCGGAGCGCACGCCUGGCCUCUUUAUCCUGUUUGACGAGGACCGCUUCGGCUUCAUCUGGUUGGAGCUCAAGUCGUUCAGCCUAUACAGCCGCCUGACCGACCAGCUGGCCCACGCCUAUGCCCCCAACAUGGAGCGGUUUGAGGCUAUGCUGCGCAACAUGCAGUCCUGGACAUCCUGAUGGGGCAGACCCACACGUCUCAUACAAACACGUUUACUUAGGCCCAUACACACACCCCGAUGUGUUGACUGCACCUGGAAUAGCUCUAGGCCCCUAGUUUGUAAACUAAAAGUAAUGCCCAUAGUUUUUUCCUGAUUAGGUCAUGUGGUUAGGAAAAACUCUGGGCCCUAAUUAUCACUUAUGUAUGUAUAUUUUCCCUCUAUAGACCCCGAAAACACAACAUGAUAUUUACCCUCACCUAUCCCUGUAGAAUCACUACUGUAUGCACACACAGCUUUACAACCCAACCACCUUGACACCGUCCCACACAUUUCUGGGCCUGGACAGAAACAACCUUUAGCCCCCCUACCCCCUAGGCACCUAAAAGUCCACCUAGCCUAUCGGAGGGAAAUGUGGAGAUAGUACCAUAUCGCUUAUUAUCUAAUCAUCUCUCUCUGUCCAAUGUUUCCCCUCUGCUUACCUCCACGUGACCUCAGUAUCUCUACUGCUGAGGCAUGUCCACAGGUCAUAUGAUAUGACACUAAGGCUGUGUUUACACAGGCAGCCCUAUUCUGAUAUUUUUUCCACUAAUUAGUCUUUUGACCAAUUUGAUCUUU